AUGGCUCUUUACAACAUAUUACUCUCCGACAUGAAAUCCGGCCGGUGCUCCGACACGGCGGAGGUCCGAUUACUCCGAUUCUGGGAAGCUCGGAACGUGAGGAAAGGUGGCGAAUUGAUGAGUGUGGACAUGCUGUUUGUAGAAACUGAUGCAACCGUGAUGUUCCGGGAUCGCCUCACUGAAGGAUCAGUGUACACAUUGAGUGGGUUUGACGUUGUCCAGAGUGGCCCCAACUUCCGUUUAUGUGAUGCUCCUCUGAUGAUACGGUUCAACGAUGGCACGAGCUUUGACAAGAAAUUGAACCCUGAUAGACCAAUACCUACUGAGUCUUUCCGGUUCAUGCUCUAUAGUCGUUUGAUUGAACUUGCAAACACAGGGAAACAGCUUCCUGACAUAAUUGGGAAGGUGAAUGCUAUCAGGAGCACGAUCACUGACCGCAUACCAGGGGCGCAGCGUGUCAUGCUUACCUUGCAUCUUGAGAGUGGGGAAAACGUUUGUGUUAGUAUGUUUGACUCUAUGGCUCUUGUGUUUCAUACCAAGUUUGACAGCCAUAAGAAAGAGCCAAGAAUAGUCAUAGCCACAAGCAUCAAUCCAAAGAUUGUUGGGGGUAUGCUCUUCUAA